ACACCCACUCAUGGAUCUGAAAUCACCUGAAAAUCUACUGUACAGGAUUAUGCAUACAUACGGUACAGAGUACAAGGAUGACAGAGAAGAAGCUUGACAGAAACAUUUAAGCCACAGCCUUGUUCAGAUUCUUCCUCACAUGAAAAUCAUUUAAUUCCUCACAAUGUCAUCCAGAAGUGGGGUUCCUCCCAAUAUCAGUGUCUCAGUACUGCAUGACAUCCUCAGUUCCUCCUCACCCUCUUCUUCUCCCUCCAGUACCCCUCCAUCUUGCAGCAUAGAUGAGUCCUACAAGUACAUCUUCCUCCCCAUCUGUUACUCUUUCACAUUCAUCUUCAGCAUCUUCCUUAACUCUGUCGUCCUCUACCGUUCCUUCCGUCAGACCAAGCGUUGGAAUGCCUCUCUGAUCUACAUGGUCAACCUGGCCUCUACAGACUUCAUGUACGGCCUGUCACUGCCAUUCCUUGUGGCUAGUUACAUCAUGCGUGACCGCUGGGUCUUUGGGGACUUCAUGUGCCGCCUGGUCCGUUUUCUCUUCUACUUUAACCUCUACUGCUCCAUCUUCUUCCUCACUUGCAUCUCUGUCCACAGGUACCUUGGUAUCUGCCACCCAAUGAAAGUCAUCACACUGGAGACAAAGAAGGCUGUCAAGUGCACUUGUGUCCUGGUUUGGAUUGUGGUCUUUGCUUUGACCUGCCCUAUCUUCCGGUUUGCUCAGACUGGUCAUGUGACAAGACUGGGGUGGAUGGGCACCAACAUGAGCAGCACUGACAACCCAAGCCAUGAGACAUCAUUGAUAAAUAGUAAUGGAAGCCAUAGUGACUUGGAAGGGGUUACUGAGGAGUACCAGAACUGUUGGGACGAUGCCAUUGAUAAGGAGUUUCCUGAUUAUGUACCCUAUGGCAUCAUACUCCAUUUGCUGGGCUUUUUUGUGCCUUUUUCAAUAAUUGCUUGGUGUUACUCUCAUGUUGUGCUAACUAUAUUUAGGACUCUGCAUUCACGACCCUCGUCCCAAAGAGGUUCAGGAGAGGGAAGACAUGAAGGAAAGGAGAGAAAUGAGAGGGCAAGCCCUGCAACAGGUGGAAGAGAAAGAAGAGGAAGCGAUGGACUGUCAAGGGCAGUGGGAAGAGAUGAAGGAAUUUCCAUUUUUCUUGGUGCCCACUCCCCAUAUGCCAAUCGCAGACGUAAAUCUAUCAAAACCAUUGUCACCAUCACCCUCCUUUUUGCUCUGUGUUUUUUUCCCUUUCAUGUUACUAGAACCAUCUUCCUUCUGUUGAAAGUGACAAAGAGAGUCCCCUGUCAUACCAUGACCAUGAUCUCCAUGUGCUAUAAGAUUACAAGGCCUUUGGCGUCAUUCAACGCAUGGCUUAAUGCCCUCCUUUACUUCCUUACUAAAGACAAGGGGGGAGCUCACUGCUGCCAGACAGUAAACAGCGAAACCCAACAACAUGGUGGGCUUCUAUUGCCAUUGAGAAUGAUGGGAAAAGGAGAGGAUGCAGAGGAGGGAGGGAUGGAGGACAGACUUGACAAUCAGAAGAAUAAAGCACUUCCAUCAUACAUGAAUAGAGCAGUCAGAUAUGUAGUUGAAUUAAUGUUUUCAUGGGAAAUAAAAGAAUGA